AUGGAAGCUGCAAAACAACAAGCUAGUGAUAUACAAAGUUUAUCACAGAAAAUGAGUCAAUUAUUGACUAAUACAAAUCGUCAGAAGUCAACUAUGCUAGAAAAUAUCCAAGAUGAAUUGAAUGAAACGACUAGCUAUUUAACAAAACAAAAUAAAUGUUUCAAACAAAUGAUACAUCAAGUUUUGUCAACAAUGAAAAUCGCAACGACACAGAAGAAUAUAGAAGAAUUACGACAAAUUGCCAUUUUAAUGACUAAAACUAAACUCAUUCAAAACUAUCACAUACUGUGGACAACUUACUUGAAAUCAGGAAUGGGCAAAUUGAUCAUGCCACCCGACAAGCAAUUAAACUAUUCAACAGAUUUGCCUAUAUGGCCAAAAGAAGUUAUAAUGACUCUGCGAAACCCAAUAAACCUAAGUGAUGAAACAAAGAAAAAUGAAAAUUAUAUGAAGUCUGUUAAAAACUUCAUAGAUGAAUUAGAUAAACAAUUAAAACAAUAUGCAAAUGAAUUGAAUACGAGAAAGAAUAAUUUUUAUGGUUAUACAUUUACAAUUCAGCAAAUGAUUGAAAAAUAUCUUGAAGAAAAUCUUCAGAGUUUACGUACGGAAACUGAACAUAAAGUAGAACUUGUCGAUUAUGAUUAUUAUAUUCAAGCAUUAAAGAUAGCUUACGAACAACAAAAUCCAAAUAAAUAUCAAAAACAAUUAAUGAAACAACUUUGUGCAAGUAUAUAUGAACAGGAGAUAACAGGACAAGAAUUUCAUUUACUUCAGCAACAAAUUACCUAUUGUAAAUCAUUCAGUGAAUCGUUUGAAUGUUCACCCCUAUUUCAAUCGAAAUUAAUUGAUUCUAUUCAAAAUUUGCAUACUCGAGAACAAUUAUUCAAGCAAUAUAAAGACAUUGCUGAACAAUCAAAACAUAUGAUGUUAACUCUGUAUGUGAAGACCGCUCAAGAACAACGAGACAAUUGUAGAAUGAAGCUUGACACUACUAUGAAUAAAUUGUGGUCUGAUCGUCAGUCACAUUCUGAUAAAAACAAGAUAUCUUUAAUCAUGGUCAAUUUGAUCGGCCAGCGUAUGAACAAAAUAGCUGAACGUAUACAAUGUGUCUACAAAUAUCAAGCUUUUCUUCAAUCAGAUACUCAUAAAAAUUCUGCAUCAUCGUGUUUUUUUAAAUAA